CAUUUGUCUGUGGCGACAAGACGACCGUCCUUGGAUUCUCCUCCAAUCUCAGUCGCUGCUCGGGCUGCGGAUCCAGUCCCUGGCACACAUCUCUCUCGACCGGAUCGCCAGCAGCAUGUCGACCAGCUCUCUGCUGUGUCUGCCGGAGCUACCCCUUCGGGUCGUCUUCUCGUUUCUUUCCCCUGCCGACCUCGCAAGGCUGGGCAGCACCAGCAGAUAUCUGCAGCAUCUGACAUCAGACGAGGGCCUAUGGCGGGGCCUCUGCUUCCGGCACUGGCCUUGGUUCUUCUGGGAUGGUAGCUGCGAGCAAACCCUCGAGCGGGCGUUUCUCGUCAUUGCAUCGGGCCAAUAUUCGGGCCUCCUUCAUGUGCUCAACUCGCUCUCGAACAGGCCCAUGUCGGCUUUCCUCGCCGUUGCGACCUACCACUGGCCAUCGAACUCGUUUUGUCUCUGCUAUGCACCCUCGACGAUCUCUGCGCUUCGCCGUGGAGAGAAGAUCUUGCUGCGUCCGCGGCCCAAGGACUGGGUCCCAUCCGGCCCGAGCACUCGAGCACCAACCGGAGGGGACUCGAGACAUACCGACGAGAUGAUCCCUGUCACCGAACGCACCCGCUUCCGACGAGUCACCGAGGAUCUGAUCGAGAUGGACGCACGCGAGAUCUAUGUCCGAGAACUGUUCCUCCGCCCCGUAGAGCGAGUGUUCGACACCGCUAUUCCGAUCUUCAGAAACGGCGAGGAAGUCGAGAUCCAGUGGCGAUACGGCAACCAAAUGCCCUGGGCGUGGUGGCGAGGGGUCGUCUCGGGCUUGGCUGCCACCGCCGAGGACGAAGCCCCGGCGUACAUUCUUGUGGUCUUUCCCCACUAUUCCGACUCGAGUGUCUGGCACAAGGUCUUCAUCUCUCUCGACGGCGUGCCCGAGAUGAAUCCCCCACACAGCGGCGAGUUUGGAGUCGUUGGCGGAAUCAAAGCCGUAACGUGCGCAACGCACCGAGCACUGUGGCGGAUUCACUUCAGCUCCGUCUCUGUGGCCGAAACUGAGGAGGGCAUGGACGAAGCCGCAAGCACGGAUAAUGCGGAGGAAUGGACAUCCGACGAGAACUCUGAUGCCGCCGGUCUGCCCCCAGAUGUAUCCGAGGCCGCACCAGAUCAGGCGGCAAAUACCAAUGGCGGUGCCUCUAAUAUGCUGAUGGAGCAUCCUUGAGAGAUGGCCGAGUGGGCUGCCAUUAGGCCGUGGGCACGGCUGCCUGCCAAUCCGGCUCGCUCAGCCAAAUAAGAAUACACAGCUCAGGUCAGACCGACAGCUUUGUCCCUCUGAUUCCUU